AUGAGUGAUUCUCCUGUUAAGAAACUCGAACUCGGCAUGGCAAACAAGGAGAAUGCCCCGGGCUCUGCCCCCCUCGCCGACGCUGAUCUGAAAAAGGUCGAUACUGAGGCCCUCAAGCUCAAUGUCUCCGAAGAACCAAAAAGACAGCUCACGCCAAAGGAGCUUGAAGCCGAGGAGCCAUUGCUUCAGGAGAACCCCCAUCGAUUUGUCCUCUUUCCUCUUAAGUAUCACGAGAUCUGGCAAAUGUACAAGAAGGCUGAAGCAUCUUUCUGGACUGCUGAGGAGAUCGACUUGUCCAAAGAUCUUCACGACUGGAACAACAAACUCAAUGAUGACGAGCGAUACUUUGUCUCUCGUGUGCUGGCAUUCUUCGCCGCUUCUGACGGAAUUGUCAACGAGAACCUUGUGGAGCGCUUCAGUGGUGAAGUCCAAAUCCCAGAGGCCCGUUGUUUCUAUGGAUUUCAGAUCAUGAUGGAAAACAUCCAUUCAGAAACAUACUCCCUUCUGAUUGACACAUACAUCAAAGAACCGAAGCAACGUACCUAUCUCUUUGAUGCUAUCGAUACCAUUCCUUGCAUUCGCAAGAAAGCCGACUGGGCUAUUCGAUGGAUCCAGGAUAGUGAAUCCACAUUUGCACAGCGUCUUAUUGCUUUCGCCGCUGUUGAGGGUAUCUUCUUCAGUGGUUCUUUUGCUUCUAUUUUCUGGUUAAAGAAGCGUGGUCUCAUGCCUGGCCUUACUUUCUCCAACGAGCUGAUCUCUCGUGACGAGGGUCUUCACACUGACUUUGCUUGCCUCCUCUUCUCUCACCUCCGCCACCGUCCCAGCCCAGAAGCUGUUGCAGCAAUCAUCAUUGAAGCCGUGGAAAUCGAGCAAGAGUUCUUAACCGAUGCUCUUCCAUGUGCUCUCCUUGGCAUGAACUCCAAGUUGAUGUGCCAAUACAUCGAGUUCGUAGCCGACCGGUUACUUGUAGCUCUUGGCAACAAGAAACAUUAUAACUCCACGAACCCAUUCGACUUCAUGGAUAACAUCUCGCUUGCCGGCAAGACCAACUUUUUUGAGAAGCGUGUUGGCGAUUACCAAAAAGCUGGUGUCAUGGCUAGUACGAAAAAAGACGAUGCGGAAGAAGCUAUCGAUAAUGGUGGCGCUUUCAACUUCGAUGAAGAGUUUUAG